GACUCCGUUUUCCCCACGGCCAAGAAAUCCCUUCUCCGAUUAAAUCAGAAGCCUUCAGAACUCCCGACGCAAAACAGAUCGGUGAAAUUGAUUCAACAAUUUUGUGCGAUUCGAUUGGAAAAAUGUCAUCUUCUUCAGAGGAAAGCUUGAAGCAGCGAUUGGAGGAGUUGCAGAAGCAGCUCGGGAAGAAACAGCGGUUCGAGGAAGCAGUUUUCUCCAUCAAUUCCCUCCUUCAAAACAAUUUCUCCUCCGCUUCUCCCUCUCUCCGCAAAUCGUUUUAUACGGUUGUAUGCCGAGUUGCGACGAUUUUGAAGACGAGAUAUACGGCGCCUGGCUUCUGGCUCGCCGGAUUGCGGCUGUUCGAGGUAGCUGAAGGGCUUUUCUCUGAACCGUCGGAGAAGGGCCAUAUGAAGAAUUGCAUUUCUCAGGCUAAGGAACAUUUGCAUGAGAUUGAUAGUCCUGCCCCAGCUCAAGAGCCUGCACAAAAUAGAGGAUAUCUUUUUGAGGGGCAUCUAACUGUGGAUCCUGAGCCACCGCAGCCUCAGUGGCUGGUGCAGGCAAACUUGAUGAAUGCAGUUGCUUCUGCUUUUCAUGCUGAGUCUUCUAGUCCUGUGGACAACAUUAACACUGAUGAGAAUGCUUCCCAUGUACUUGAAGAGCUCAUUUCCCACCUUGACUCUGUCAUUCCUGAGAUAUUGGAGAAUGAGUCUGGAGGCCCAAGAGUCCCACCUGCCAGUAAAGAAGUAGUUGCAAAGCUUCCAAUUAUCACUCUCACAGAAGAAAUCCUGACCAAGGUUGGACCAGAUGCUGAGUGUUCAAUUUGCAAGGAGAACUUGGUUGUGGGUGAUCAGAUGCAAGAGUUGCCUUGCAAGCAUACAUUCCACCCUCCCUGUCUAAAGCCAUGGCUGGAUGAGCACAAUUCCUGUCCAAUUUGUCGACAUGAGCUACAAACUGAUGAUCAUGCAUAUGAGAGCUGGAAGGAGAGGGAGAAGGAGGCUGAAGAAGAUAGGAAAGGCGCUGCAAAUGCUGUACGAGGUGGUGAAUACAUGUAUGUUUAGAUGACUACUUUUGUGGGAUUGAUGUAGAAUCAUGUUUUACUAUUUUAUUCAUAGUUGUGACCAUGCCAAGCCAUAAAGAAAUCGAUCUACCAUUUUUAUAGUUUCCUGUGGUUGGUUUUAGCACAUUUUGAUUAACCAAUGCUCAGCUGCACUUGCAAUUUACUUGGAAGUGAAGGUUUAAUGGGUUCCUUUAAGUUCCAAUUUCGGUGUGGUAUGGUCAACCCAAUGCCUGAGUACUGAGGGUAUCUUUAACAUCCUGGUUGGAAGUCCAUGAAGUCCAACCAGGAUACAAACA